UCGAGGAGUAACCAAACAAAGAACCUCUCAUCUGCAAGCGGUUCCUAGGGUUUUAAUCCCGCCAAGGGUUUCUUUUCUCUGCGUUUUAGCUUGCUUCCGAUGUUCCGCGACGAACUAUUUCAUGCAUAUUUAUGUCUCGCGGAAUCUUAACUUUAUUGCCUAAAGCUCGUUGCAUUGCAAAAGGCAGCAGCUUUACCUGAUCGGUGCGGUCAAAAUUGGAACUUGGAUACCCACUGCUUGGUUACCUCUUUCCUCCCUACUGGUUUUGGCGUUGGGUUUUUUCUUUCACUUUAUCCUGCUUUGAGUCCCUUGGAUAUCGUGUGUCUUUUUUAGCUAAUCUAACCAGUUCAGAUGACGGCCGAUCAAUCUUCCCUCUUGUAUUGUUUCAAUCAAUCUGCUUUCUGAGAUUCAAAUGUUCCUACUUGAAGGUAGAGAAAGAUUGCUAUAUCUUGUGAAAUGUGUCAUUUUUAUAUGCUUUAUUAAUAUCUGAUUGCUGGGAGAAUUGGAGAAGUCGUUUGUUUGAGAUGGAGGGAGUAGAAGAAGCUACUCGGGCAGCCGUGGAGAACUGCCACAGAGUGUUGAGCUUACUCACUGAGGGCCAAGAUCAUCCCUUGGCUUGCAAAAAUCUAAUGGAAAAGACAGGGGAGGCCAUUUCCAGCUUCAACAAGGUUGUUUCCAUGCUUAGUAAAGACGUGGGUCAUGCAAAACUGAGGCGGCUCAAGAAUCCCCAACAGCUUCAAUUUAAUCGUAGCAUUUUCUUAGAUCCCACAGCAAUAUCUAGAGCUGACCUUUCUCCACUAUUGCUCCAAUUCCUUCCAAGAGACCUAUCACAAAAACCAGCCAUUGACUUUAACUCCACUGCUAAAAUUGCUACACUAACCCCUUCAAGGAUGCUUCCUGAUAAACCUGGUGUAGAAAUGGAGACUGCUUCCAAGAGCAGUGUUCAAGUUGCUUUCAGCAAUUAUUCACCAGCUCAUUUUCAUUUCCUCCGCCAGCAGCACAACAGCCAGUUGUUUAAGCUUCAGCAACAGCUCAAGCUCCACAAUGGAAUGUUUGGGAGAAACAACAACUCGAGUUGCACAGGGACUGUGUCAUCUUCUAAGUCCUUUUUGUCAUCCCUGAGCAUGGAUGGGAGCAUGGGAGGGCUGGGCUUCAAUCUGAUUGGUGGGUCAGAGUCGGUCAAUCCAAUCAACUGGCACUUACACAACAGGAGGUGCACUAGUGGAGGUGAUGAAGGCAGUGGCAAAUGUGUUAAAACAGGCAGGUGUCACUGCUCAAAGAAGAGGAAGUUAAGAGUGAGGAGAUCCAUUAAGGUUCCCGCAAUAAGUAACAAGAUUGCAGAUAUCCCUUCUGAUGACUACUCUUGGAGGAAGUAUGGGCAGAAACCAAUCAAAGGAUCUCCUCAUCCUAGAGGAUACUACAAAUGCAGCAGCUUGAGAGGCUGCCCAGCAAGAAAGCAUGUAGAGAGGUGUGUUGAAGAUCCAACAAUGCUGAUUGUGACAUAUGAAGGGGAACAUAACCAUGCCAAGUUAUUAACUCAAUCUGUUCAUGCAUAGAUGUUGAUCAAAGUGCCAGUAGCAGUAGUUGAAAUUCUAUUUCCUUCAGGACACACCAGAGCAGCGUAUCCUGUAAAUAUUCCUUCUCUUCAAGAAAAGCAAGUCAUGACAUAGUUAUUAGAUGGUUUAGGUUCUACGUUGGAAUUCCAUGAUAGACAAGGAACGGGCACUCUGUACUCAGAGGUCCACAAAAGGAUGUUUUUAAUUGGUCGCAAGAAAAAUCAUUGACAGUGGAGAAUUCUUGCAACUUUUUUACUUGUUUUAACUUUGAACUAGUUUAGUUGUAAAAGAAAAGGCAAACUGAAAAUUGUAGAAGGGAACUGAUAAUGAAGAGCUAAAAAUGUCAAAAACACUUGUGUUUUGGCUUAAACGAAAGGAAGAGUUAUUUUUGUAUAUACC